UCUAUAUUACCACCCAUUAUAAGUAAUGGAGGUGACAGAUUAUUUCUAGCUGAGAUAAAUAAUUAUGUUGAAAGAGAAGUGACUAAGUUAGGAGACCAAGUUGAUGAAGAACAGAAGUAUUUAAUCUAUAAAGCUGUCUUUAAUAAGGUGAUAGAACAUGUAACUGCCUAUAAACCAAUAUUAACAUCUAUUAAAAAAGAAUAUGAGUCCACUAUUGAUGCUAUUAUCAAUGGUCAAAAAGAAGCUGUAUUUUUACAAGGUAAAUUAAAAGCCAUGGCAUCAACGCCUUCAACUAUUAGAAACUAUCGUAAAAGAUCUGACCAAUUAGAAGAAAGAAUCAAUUUCAUCAAAAGAAACAAUAAGAAUCUAGCAACAGAGUUAGAGGAGUUACAAAGAGUGAGAAAAGAAAGAACUAAAAAAGAUCAUGAAAUUAAAGAAAUACCUAAAAAACAGUUAAAAAAAGAUAUUAGAAUGUUACCAGGUGUAUCUUUAGAAGAACAAACUGAUCCUAGAUAUUUGAAUAAAACACUGGUUAAACUAGAUAGACAGUUACGUGAAUUAAAUAACAGUUUUAAAACUAGAUAUCUACCUAAGAAGAAUAAAGACGAAUUGAAAGAGUAUCUAUACAAGAAAGUCAGUUUUCGAGAUCAUUUAUUAGCACAGAGUAAAGAUUUUAAAACUAAAAGUCACAGAUUAAAGAUAGCCUUAGAAGCAAGUGAGGCUUAUAACAGAGCUAAACCUCCCCAUCAAACGGUUGGUGAUGCACUUUCAAGUGAAGGAGAUAACAGUAAUAGUGGUGAAACUUCAACUCAGUUUGAAGAAGAUGAUCCUAAUAAAGAAAAGGAAGCUGAAAUGAUGUUAGAAUAUAUUGAGAAAUUCAAUGAAUUAUUUGAAGAUGGAAAGUUUGAAGAAGCUGCUGUACAUGCUGCUAAUAGUCCUAAAGGAAUCUUACGAACACAAGCAACUCUGGCUAAAUUUAGAGUUAAAUUAAAAUACAAUGGAGGAAGAACACCAUUAUUAGCUUUCUGUGAUGCCUUAAUGUCUUCAGUAAAAGUAUGUGGUAAUAAACCAAGUAUAGGACUAUCUAUUGAUUGUGUUCAAUGUGCUUUAAAUGAAAAUAAACUGGAUCUUUUAUCACAUUGGAUAGCUCAGGAUAGUUUAAGUUUGUCAAGAGAUAUUGGUGUAUUGUUAGAAGAUCAUUGUUCUUGUAAGAUACCAUGUCAAUGUGGAUGUCAAGCUCUAGCUCAAUCUAUUUUUACCAGUCUUAAAGAACAUCAUAGAGUUAUAUUAUGUUUAUUGAAACAAGGUCGUGUUCUUACUGGACUACAGUAUGCUAAAUCUAAAGAUUGUAUAGAUCCUCAGUUCCUAGUUCAUAUUGUGAAAACAUGUCCAUCUCUUCAACUAUUAUUAACUAUAUCUAAAAUAGAUAAUCUAGGUACCCCACUCCUUCCAGUGGGUGUUAUCUUAAAAACACUGAUUCAAGCUGAUAAUAUUGAUCUUGGUGUUAAAUUUCUUCAACAGUUA